ACCUCGGCGACCGAACAAAAAAUAAACGUUCAAACUCAAAGCAAUAAUUUUAACAUUAUUUUAAUAUUUACACGGAAUUAUUUUAACCACCGCAGGAGCUUUGCCAGGCGGGUGCCGGAGCAGACACAGGGUGACCGCGCCGCCUUUUGCGCCUUAAUCCCCUGAACGCUCCCAGGGAUGGAGGGGGGUGCCAGGGGAGAGUGUCCCUGUCCCUGUCCCUGUCCCCGCAUCCCCAUCCCUCCUGCUCCCGCCCCGAGCCGCGUUUUGGCAGCUGCCGGACACUGCGAGGCACGUCGCGCCGAGGUUAAUUAGCCCGGGCAGGAGUAAUUAGCCCAGGGCUAAUUGCAGGGCUGGGUGUCGCCGUCCCCCGAGCGCUGCUGAUGUCGCUGGGGGGGCUCAGCCGUGACUGCGGGGUCCUAAAGGCUCCUGGCAGGGGAAAUUUGGGAUCGCGGGGCUUUGGGAGCCCCCCAAGUGCAGAAGGUGUGGAUCCCUCUCCAGUGCCGGCCGGGGCUGUGACCUCGCACCAUGGGGGUUAAAGCGAUGCUGCCCAGCUACGAGCUGGGAUUUUAUGCUCUGGUGGUGACCUGUGCUGUGCUCUACAGCGGCAGCGGCAUCUUCGAGGCAUCCAGAGACAGCAUGAACAGAAAGGCUUUUCGGGACGGCAUCAAGCCGGGCUGGCACUACUUCGGCAGGAAGAUGGAUGUGGCUGAUUUCGAGUGGGUGAUGUGGUUCACCUCGUUCAGGAACAUCAUCAUCUUCGCCCUCUCGGGACACGUCCUCUUCGGCAAGAUCUGCUCCAUGACCGUGCCACAGCACCGGGCUGUGAUGUACAUGACCUACGGGCUCCUGGCUGUGCUGGCCAGCAUGGGGCUGCUCUACCUGAUGAUCAUCCUGUCCCACUGCCUGCUGCUCUACUCGGUGGCCCUGGCCAAGCAGAAGUGGCUCUGCUACGUGGCCGGGCUCUGCUGCCUCGCCUCCUUCAAGGUGGAGCCCUUUGGCUCGUGGCAGAGUGGGUUUGUAACAGGAGCUUUUGAUCUCCAAGAUGUCCUUUUCUACGGAGGCUGCACCUUCACCAUCAUGCGCUGCAUGAGCUUUGCCCUGGAGAGCUGCGAGAGGGACGAGGGCAUCUACUCCAUCUUCGACCUCCUCAAGUACAACUUCUACCUCCCAUUCUUCUUCUUCGGGCCUGUCAUGACGUUUGACCAGUUCCACGCCCAGGUGAGCACCCGGGAGCUGCGGCGCAAGGACGACGAGAUGAAGAACAUCCGUGUCAAUGCCCUGCUGCACGUGGGGGCCAUCGUGGCUGUGGACAUCUUCUUCCACUUCUUCUACAUCCUCACCCUCCCUUCUGACCUCAAGUUCGUGAACCGCCUGUCGGACUGGUCCUUGGCUGGCCUGGCCUACUCCAAUUUGGUGUAUGACUGGGUGAAAGCUGCUGUCAUGUUUGGGGUCACCAACACCAUUGCCAGACUGGACCACCUGGACCCACCCCAGCCCCCAAAAUGCAUCACCAUGCUCUACAUCUUUGCUGAAACGCAUUUUGACAGAGGGAUUAAUGACUGGCUGUGCAAAUAUGUGUAUGACCACCUUGGGGAGAACCAUGACAACAUCCUGAAGGAGCUGGUGGCCAGCAUCUCCACGUUUGCCAUCACCACGCUGUGGCUGGGGCCCUGCCAGCUCGUUUACAUCUGGUCCCUGGCCAACUGCUUCGGCCUCAACUUCGAGCUCUGGGUGCAGAAAUUCUUCCAGCUGGGGCCCUUGGCCAAACUGGAGGCCAAGCUGUCAGGGGCCAUGUCCCGGCGGAUCAGGGCAGCUUUUGGGGCAGUGAACUUCUGGGCCAUCGUCCUCUACAACAUCCUGGCCCUCAACAGCCUGGAGUUUGCUCUGCUGGUGACCAAGAGGCUCCUUGUGAUGGGUUUCCCUGUGAGCACCUUGUCCAUCUGGUUCAUCACCUACUGCGGCGUGCAGCUCAUCAAGGAGCGCGAGCGCAUCCUGGCCGUCGAGGAGGAGCACAGGGGGGACAAGGCAAAGGUGGAGUAGAGGAGGCACCCCAGGCUUGUCCCAGAGCCUUGUCUCCCUCCCAGCCACUGGCCAGGGCUCUGCAAGCCCUCCUGGCAUGGACUGCUGUAGCUCAUCCACGUAGAAGUCACCUGGAAGGCACAGGGAAGAUUUUCCAUCAGGCACAGCGGGCGUUCCCCAGGAUGCUGAGGCAGCUCCUAGGACAUUUCUUUCUCUGUUUUUCUGGCCCUCUGACAUUGUGCAGGCCCAGAGAUUUCACCCCCUGCUUCCCACAAUACUGGGUCCACCAGCCCCUGUCUCCCAGAGGAGACUCUCCCAUGGCUGGAGGUUUUGGCACUGCUGGAUCUGAGACUGCUGGGGCCACCACGACCACCCCACUGGGACUCAAGCCAAACCCCACCUCAGUUUUUUUUUUUUAAUAUGCCAUGGACAAAGGUCUAAGCUCACAUUCCUGCCCAUGGCUGAGGGACAGAACGUGCUGUAGCCAUCUCCAGCCACCCAUCCCUUUCCUCAGCUGCCUUUGGUGUGCACAGCCCACAGCUGUAGGGCUGAGCGAGCACACAGUGAACAGGAUCAAAGGAGAAAAAAACCCAGAUGAAGGGGCUGGGUGGUGGAGGGACAGCCCAUGAGAGACUCCUUGGAGAAUUAGACUUUGGGAGUGUGUGAGACACAGUGCCUUGGGGGAAAGGUGGGUUUGGAACAGGAAAAUAGCUCUGGCUCUCUUGCACUUUAGAGUAACUCUCAGUGGCCUUAUGUCUGAGUUAUGUCCUUGUUUGGUGAGGGCAGGAUCCACCCCUCUGCAACAGGGCUUGAGACACUUGGUGCACCCCUGUGGAUGAAGCAGGAUGGGUUCCUAGCCAGCUUUCAGCUCUGCCAAAGUAAUUUGUGAAGUUCCUGGUAAAUGUCACUUAUUUGUGUAGCCAAUAAAUGUUGGAUAACUCUG